CACUGACGACCUCCAUUCUCAAACGCAACAAGAAAAAGAAAGGUACAGGCUACGCGCUUUACAGUUAACAAAGAUUCUCUCUUUCUCUCCCUCUCAUAUGUUGGAUUCUCUCGCGGUUGCCAUUGCAGUGACCGAGUGAGUGCAUAUUCUUGAAUCAUCUUUCAAGGGGCCCAAUAGCAGGCAGGCACUUGCAUUAAAUGGCGUUGGUUACAACUGCUGAAGUUUGUGACACAAAUCCACAGCAAAUUGUCAGUGGUGAGCUUCGAGCACUCCAGCCAAUCUUUCAGAUUUAUGGUCGGCGCCAAGUCUUCUCCGGUCCAGUAGUGACUCUUAAGGCAUUUGAAGACAAUGUUUUAAUUCGUGAGUUUCUUGAGGAGAGAGGUAGUGGUAGAGUUCUUGUUGUAGAUGGUGGUGGCAGUUUGCGCUGUGCAAUACUUGGAGGUAAUCCUGUGGUACAAGCUCAGAAUAAUGGAUGGGCUGGUAUAGUGGUUAAUGGCUGCAUACGUGAUGUUGACGAGAUUAAUGGUUGUGAUAUUGGAGUGAGAGCCCUGGGCUCCCAUCCGAUGAAAGCCAACAAGAAGGGUAUCGGAGAGAAACAUGUUCCUAUUACCAUAGGUGGCACCAGAAUCAGUGAUGGAGAAUGGCUUUAUGCAGAUACUGACGGGAUCUUGAUUUCUCGAGCAGAGUUAUGUGUCUGAGCCACCUUUUCCUUUAAAGAUAGUUCUUCAGAAUCGCUAGUACUGGCAAGUAAUUUUUCUAAUGUUGCUUUAGUUGUAAACUUGUCUUUGGUGCUCACUUUUACUUCUAGACAACCCUGUAAUAUGAAUGUGAGGGUGAAAAUUUGCUGGUCUAUUCGUGAUUUCUAGAUUAGAACGGUGAGCUGUUUCUUGCUGUCAGGUAUUGUGUCAGAAAAAUAGUUAAUGGGGUUGCAGAAUACUUCAACCUCUUUGGGAUUUUAUCUAUAAUAAAACUCGUGCUACGUUAUUUCA